AAAUAAUAGGAAAUAAAAUGACUUUAUACAGUAAGUCCAUAGGAAUUUGUCCUAAUAUCACCUUUCCCAAUUUGAGUUUCUUUAGUUUAUGAAAUCGAUCAUUUCACCCACUAACUACUCAAUCUUUUAUAAUCAAUCAAGUUUUGCAAAUUGAGUUCAAUUAACCAUCAAUCAAAAUUUGUUUCAUAGAAGAUUCGGUCACAUUUGCCAUUCUCUUUAGCUUAUUGCUUUUGCUUAAACCCAGCUUUUGUCUUCAGUCUAGUUGCUAAAUUUGAGAUUGUCAGUUUUUCUACGUAUUUGAUUUCCAGAUCGUUACGGUAUGUUGUUAGAUUGUAGAUCUCAAUAUAUAUUGUGUGAGUUCUUUCUAUUUUGUUAAACUGUGUUUGGUCUAACUCAGUUUAAUGUGAUUCUCACUGUUUUACAACUAUUUGGAAACUUGUUUUGAAGUUAUUUUCACACUUAUUGCCAGAUCUCUUACAAUCAACUUGCAAGUUGUCUUUUUCGCUGAAUUUGCAUGAUAUGCUAGCAAAUUGAGUUCAAUUCGUAAACAAUUCAAUCGCAUACGAUGAACCGUCAUAUUAUAGUUGCACUACAUAUAGUUAUAGCCCAAGGAUUUAUUUUAUACCAUACUUUGCCUGCGAUUUUUAGUAGGAUAAGGCGUCCGGUAUUAGACACUCCGGUAUCAGACACUCCGGAAUUAGACACGCCGGUAUUAGACACUGGAGGGAGGUCCAUAGGUAAAUUAUUUGUGUCAGUUAAAGAAAUUGCAAAGGGGAGUAAUGGCACGGUUGUCUUUGAAGGAACAUAUGAAGGUCGAACGGUAGCUGUGAAACGCCUUGUCAAAGCACACCAUGAUGCAGCCUCUAAAGAAAUUCAAAACCUUUUAGUUUCUGACCAACACCCAAACAUUGUUCGUUACUAUGGCUGCGAAUAUGAUUGUGACUUUGUUUACCUUUCGUUGGAGCGUUGUGAUUGCAGCCUAUAUGAUCUUAUUAAGUACUCAAAGUCUUUUCAGCCGUGUAAGCCAAAUGGCUACCCUUCCUCUGACUUGUUAAAACUAAUGAGGGACAUAGUUGUUGGCCUUGUGCAUUUGCACGACUUGGGGAUUAUUCACCGGGAUUUGAAGCCUCACAAUGUGUUGAUAGUUAAAGGAAAACGCCUAUCUUGCAAACUUUCAGAUAUGGGAAUUAGCAAGCGCCUUGUUGCGGAUGUAUCAUCAUUGGGAUCGAAUGCUACUGGUUCAGGAAGUUCAGGAUGGCAGGCGCCCGAACAACUUUGUCAAGGACGCCAAACACGGGCCGUUGAUUUGUUUAGUUUAGGUUGCGUCAUCUUCUUUUGCAUGACCGGUGGCAGGCAUCCGUUUGGUGACCAUCUUGAACGCGACAUCAAUGUGACAAACAACAAAAAAGUGAAUCUCUCCUUGGUGAAGGACAUUCCUGAAGCUGUGAAUCUCAUCAUAAAAUUGUUAAACCCUGUUCCUGAAGACAGGCCAAAGGCAUCAGACGUACUACACCAUCCUCUGUUUUGGAAUUCUGAUAUGCGAAUGUCGUUUCUUAAGGAUACGAGUGAUAGGGUAAAUUUGGAAAAUCGGAAAGUUUCCAUUGUUCGAGUAUUAGAAAAUAAAGGUCGUGUCGCCUUCGGUAGAAAUUGGGAUGAAAAAAUGGAACCUGCAUUUAUCUCUUACAUGGGAGAAUCAAAACAUAGGAAAUACAAUUACAAGCGCGUUCGAUGCUUACUCCGUGUUAUCCGAAAUAGCUUAAAUCAUUAUCGAGAUCUUCCUAAGGAAAUUCAGGAAUUGUUGGGAUCUGUGCCGGAAGGGUUCGAUGACUACUUUCGGUGCAGGUUUCCCAAAUUGUUGAUGAAUGUGUACAAUGUUAUGUAUCUUUACUGCAAAGAAGAAAAAUGGUUCUGCAAGUACUUGGAAUGUUAGUUAUUGUACUUCUAAUAUAUAUAUAUUUAAAUGUGUGUCCUUUACGUAUGCAUGUGUAUUUUGUACGAACAAUCAAACUAAUUUGUUUAAAGUUGUAAUAUUGCAACUUAUGUGUAAUGGUUUUAUUAAAGUUUGAAAUA